AACCUCUUCCCUCAUGGACCUCUCAACCACGUAACCUCUCUACAGGCCCUCAGCCAUCAUAACCCCCCCCCCUCCUACCCAUGUAACCCACACUACAGACACACACCGACCAACUCCCUCAGGCAUAUAACCCCACAGACAUACACAGACUGCCUUCCUGAGGCUGGCACAUAACCUCACCCACACACAAGUCCCCUUCCCCGCUUAAAGCCUGCAGUCCUUGCCUCAUGUUGCCCUCCUCCUGAGCUCAGCAGGAGUGUUAUUGCUUUCUGGCAUUUUGCUUGGUAUCCAUUUCCUGGGUGAGCUUUCACCUCAAGGAUGAGCAGCUGAAGAGACUUUUAUAUUUAGUUCUUGCUCCCUCCCAACCCCAGUCCCUUAUCUGUAUUGAUGCAGCUCCAGUUACAGCAAUGCAAGCUGCCCUGGCUCCACCAUUCAUCUAGUCCUUUGGGCUCAAAGCUAACUCAGUGCCUGCUCUGAACCUCACACUUUCCAUACUCAGGUUGAUGGUUUUGUCCUGAAUGACGAGUUCCCUAAGUUAAUCAUUCUCCAGAAAGCAGCUGUAAACAAAACUGAGAAGAAAAGAGAACAUCAACAAAGCUGUAGCUCUGCAAAAUAUCCCAGGAUGUGAAUUCUGAUGAAAGUCCAGCCUCCAGUUCAGACACCCUGACAGCUGCUGUUUUACUUUUCCUCAUUUAAAACUGCUCUUUUGUUCCAACUUUUAUUUACAAGCAGUUGGUAUUUUUUUUAAAUCUUUUAUUACAACAAUUCACUACAGCUGUGAGCAGAAUUUUUAAAAAGCAGGACAAAUCCUCCUAUCAACAGGAUUUUUCUUUUUUUCUUUCUUGGAGAUAUUACUUUGAUUGUACCAUGGUGGAUAAGGGUUACAGUUACUACCGAACAGUGAUAUUCACUGCCAUGUUUGUUGGCUACACACUGUACUAUUUCAAUAGAAAAACGUUUUCAUUUGUAAUGCCCUCAAUCAUGGAGGAAAUAGAAUUGGACAAAGAUGACUUGGGUCUCAUCACUAGCAGCCAGUCUGCAGCCUACGCUAUCAGUAAAUUUAUCAGUGGAGUCCUCUCUGAUCAAAUGAGUGCCCGCUGGCUUUUCUCAUCUGGCCUUCUACUGGUGGGCGUAGUCAAUGUUGUCUUUUCUUGGAGCUCUACCGUUACAGUCUUUUCAGGGCUGUGGUUCCUGAAUGGGCUGGCACAAGGACUGGGCUGGCCACCAUGUGGGAAGGUACUGCGCAAAUGGUUUGAGCCUUCCCAGUUUGGGACGUGGUGGGCAAUUCUCUCCACCAGCAUGAAUCUGGCUGGUGGCUUGGGCCCCAUUGUUGCUGCUCUGAUGGCUCUGCGCUACGACUGGCGCACAACUCUGUCCGUCUCUGGCUUCAUCUGCGUGGGUGCCUCCUUUGUUUGUCUUGUCCUGAUUAAAAAUGAGCCCUCAGACGUUGGGCUACCAAACAUUGAACCAGGAACCAUGAAAGGGAAAAAAGGCUCAUCGAGAGAUGACAGCACCCUGGCAGAGCUGCUACUCUCGCCAUAUCUGUGGGUACUCUCGACUGGCUACCUGGUUGUCUUUGGGGUAAAGACAUGCUGUACAGAUUGGGGUCAGCUCUUCCUGAUUCAGGAAAGAGGACAGUCUGCUCUUGUGGGCAGUUCUUACAUGAGUGCCUUGGAGAUUGGGGGCCUGGUAGGAAGCAUUGCUGCAGGGUACCUUUCUGACAGAGCAGUAGCACGGGUGGGUCUGUCAAGUUAUGGGAAUCCUCGUCAUGUGCUCCUGCUUUCCAUGAUGGCGGGAAUGUCUGCUUCGAUGUACCUUUUCCGGGUCACAAUCACAAGUGACUCUCCUAAGGAAAACGACUUCUGGAUUGUAGCCUUGCAUCCUCUCGCUGCCCUCACAGGCUUAACAGAACAGGAGCUGUGGAUACUGAUUCUAGGAGCCAUCUUUGGGUUUUCUUCUUAUGGACCAAUUGCAUUGUUUGGAGUGAUAGCAAAUGAGAGUGCACCUUCCAACCUGUGUGGCACCUCCCAUGCUAUUGUUGCACUACUGGCCAAUGUUGGUGGUUUCCUGGCUGGAUUGCCUUUCAGUACUAUAGCCAAGCACUACAGCUGGGCCACAGCCUUCUGGGUAGCUGAAAUAACAUGUGUCAUCAGCACCAUAGCCUUUUUCUUGUUACGGAACAUCCGCACCAAGAUGGGUCGGGUGCCCAAGAAGAUUGACUAAAGAUGAGCUGCAAAGGUACUAAGGAUGCUCCAGAUGGUAUCUAGGGAUGGCAAAUGACUACUCACUGGCCCGGUACUGAGUUUCCUACCAAUGCAGCCUAGAUCAGAAUAUUUAUCAAAACUUCAUUUAACUUUAAUCAUAUUCCUGUUUAGAAAGGCACAAGAUAUUCAAUGGCUGUUAUGUUUAAUGCCUACACAAUUUUUGGUUGUUCAGAUAUAGUUUACAUCUCAUGACCUCACUUUACCUCCUACUUAAAGUACUGGUAGUCUUGAUUGCUAAGCUAGGAAUACUGCAGAAGACUGGUAUCUGGUACCUGCCUAGCCUUCUUGCUGCUGGCCUCAGAUGUAGUGUUACUCUCAAUUCACCCUCAUUGCUUACAGAAGUAUUAGAGUUAGCCAGCACUGAGCCUAUUUUCAUUUACCUCCACUUGCUGUUGUAGGUGCAACUGUGACCCAGCUUACUCUGCCAUGAGCUACCUGCUGUGUCUCCCUCCCCAGAAGCAGAGACUGCUAGCCUAUUACUAAAGAAAAACACUGCUUCCCCAAGCUAUUGUCAGAGACUGAACAGUUACUGGUCCACAUAUUACUGCAGAUCCCUGCCAUUGCAGCAAAACUGCUCCCUUUUCAGUAACAGCAACUGAGUAAAGUUCUUGGAACUCCAUUCAAGAGAUGGAAGUACUGUACAACAGUUACUUUUUGUUGUUAAAUUAGUCACCAUGGCUAACCUCACAGUAUUAGUGAACUGCAAAACACAUGGUUAACACCAAAUAGAAUAGUACUUCCUGGAGUACUAAGGAAAUUGGUUCAAGAGUGUAUGCAGUAACAGCAUUAGACUCGUACACACUUUGUACAGCUUCUCUCUUUCAUCUAGAAAAGUCUUUAAAAGAGAUUUUUAUCCUUAGGUUGUAGAUGAUUAUUUCUAUAAGUAACAUAAUCAAUGCUAUUGUCAGGUGAAAGUGUAAAUUUCUAAUGGCUCCAGUUCGCUGAACCAGGUACAGCAUUUUUAGGUUAAACUACAACAGAGGGGCUGCUUACUAUUAUGAAUGCUUGUUAGCAGGAGCAUUGCUCCGUGGUAGUAAAUAUGUCAUAUGUUAACAGACUUUUCUUAUCAGGAUUUGUGUGUGUGUUCUCUGCAGGGUUUUAGUUAUUUAGAAUGCCUGUAGGAAAGCAAGAAGCUCAGCGGCCACCACUGUAAAGCUACCUUCACAUAAGAUUGUUCUGUCAGUCCUAACAAAAUGGCUAAAUAGUGUACAAAAGUAAACUACAUUUGGUACUUAAGCAUGAGUAUUAUGAAAUACUGUUUACCAACUGGGAAAUAAAAAUGGAGCACUGCAA